UAUUCUCUUAUCUGAUUAGUUUUAGUUAACAUAUGUGAAUGUGGGUAUUUGCUGACCUGUUGUGAAAUACAAGUCUUUUUUUUUUUUUUUUUUUUGCUGCUUCAGACUUGUAUGCCUUUCUAAAGCGUUAAUAGUUUGCUCCAAAAAAAGCACAGGUAAAUGUAGGCAAGGUGUUUCACCCUCAUACAGACGUUUCACACAGACAUGCAGAAACAGUGUCUUAAUAAAUCGGAUAUGGCUGUAAUAUGGUUGCUUGUUCACCAAAAUGCGUUUAUCAACAAUAGAACGGUGAAAAAAGUUAGAGCAAGGUUCCCGUUAUGCUUUUGGCUCACACUACUUAUUAAAAAUACCUAUAAGCGUGGAAAAUGUUUUCAAAGACACAGCCUUACUUUCUGAAACACGUUUAGCAAAUCCUGCUCCCAAAGCAAAGCACCAUGCGUUCUUAUAACGUUAUGUCUAUUUAAGUUCCCACUUAACUGCGAGCAAAUAACACAAGAUUCUGAGCUGUUUUAAAGGAGAAUUUUUCUCCCAUCCCGUACAGUAAGACCAUAUACCUAUCGAUACAAAUGCCAAAUAACUGUGGUACUCAUCUGUACAGACUCAAGCUCUAGGGUUCUGUGAAGUUUGCUUGGAGGUCUAUGAGCCAACUACGUAUAUAGAAAAUAUGAUAAAAGAUAACCAUACUCCAAGUUGUAACGAUACAUUUUAAUUGCUGUUUGAAGUCCGGUAAGAUCUAGUUAUUUAAUUGUACAAUACAUAUAACAAGAAAUGUGCCCAUAUUGUAUUUAAGUAUUUAUCCAUAUUUACUUAGCAAACUGACUCAGUUAUACAUCUGUGACUCCUAUUGCUUUUCAUUUUGUAUCAUCAUUAUUUUUCCUGCCAUGUAGCUUUGUAAGAUAUUUUUAAUGCUCAUAUUAUGUUGCGUAGAUAUUGAAAAUACACAAUUUGGGGGCCUAUACCAUGUUGGGGAUGUUUUGUUACGUAUUUAAGCUAUUCAAAACUUGGACCACGAGCUCACUUAGUAGAGGUCCAAAUCGAAAGGCAUGCCACAAACAGACAUAGGACAGCUACAGUUCCAAAAAUAACGCAUCUUUGUACGCGCUCACUGUCUAGCUCACUGCUUGAUACUGCGCAAGAUCACUUACUACUUGGGCCUGGCUUAUUUUUACCUUAAUGCUAAUUUGCAUUAAAUGGGUAGUUAAAUCUACAGUAAAUUCUUCACAGGUUUCAUAUCCUUAGCAACUAAGCAUGCUGUAGUUGCAGCAAAGAAGGGAAAUGACGAUGCCAAGUGCCGUGGCUCCCACGCUUUCCUUGAGCAGCCCUGUGCUAGGAAAGUGCCCAGAACCCGCGGCAGAGCAGAUACCGGAAAUUCUGGCUGGUAGGUUCCGACCAGAAAGACAGAACAAAAUCUGUCGUUUAAUGAGUAUUUCAUUAGGUACUAAGCAUUAAAGAAGCAUGCACACUAGAACAUGCUGCUGAAUAUGAUACAGACCAAUAACUGAUGGAUGUUAGGUUUUCUGUGAAUGAAAUGGAAAUAAAUGUAAUGGAUUAUUUUUGUGGAAUGACGGUUUUUGUUUUUGACUGGGACUUCACUAAGGUAUACUGCAUGUUGUUCUUUAUUCUUUGAUAAAGUUUAGUGCUGGGAGUACUUCAUAUGUAGCAAUUGCAAUUUGAAUGUGGCCAUUGUUGUCAAAUGUUGCAAUAUACAAUAUAUAAGUUGCAACUUCCACUCUUUCUCAUUUUUUAAAACAUUUGCCUUAUUAAGUUGCAGUUUUCCAUUCUCGCUUUCUCCUUGAAGCUGGCUUGUUGCAUCCUCAGACAGCCUGAACAAAGCUCCUUCAUUGUAUUUCUGCAUUAGAAGACCUGGAGGAAUAUAAACACAUGUGCAGGAGUUCCUCAGCAGAGUUUAAAGGGAAGUAUGACCCCCUGUGGAAACACGACACUUUGUUUUGAGCUUAUUGUCAGCAGUAGUGACUUAAACAUUAAGUGGAAGCAAAUUAUCCACUCUAAAACUGGAGGGAAUGAAAACUUGAUUGGAUCUAGAGGAAAGCGUACUGCCUUCUGGAAAGAAUAGGGAGGUAAGUUAUAUUUAUUUGACUGGCUUCAUUGUUAUUCUUACGCUUACAUGAGGUUAAUUGCUCUUUUAUUUGCAAAAUGUGGAACAGCCGUAGUCUUACAGUGGCUACAUUCUCUUCCGAAGUUGCUUUGUGAUGGGAAAUUUAAUGGGAAAGGUAUGCUAGAUUAAAUCUUGAUUUUUUAAAGGGCUCCCAUAGCAGCAUAGGGUUUUGCAACUUCAGGGCCAUGCUGAGAAACUGUUAUAUAUCACGUGGAAAUUAAGAAAAAGCAGGAAAGAAAGACUCUUCAGAUGCUAUUUGCAGCAGCUAAUACAAAAUAGUAAGUUCAUAUAGAUAUAUUUUGUCAAAUAUUUUCUGCCACUGGUAUUUAUUGUGGCAUUCCCUUGUUUUGCUUUAUAGAUUAUUGUAAUGCUAGCACAUCAAAAGGUAAGAUUUUUCGUGAUGACUGCUGCAUUACAGAACGUAAAUAAAAGUUAUUAUGAAUAAACAGCACCUUUUAGACCACCACUGCAAGAAAAUCUGUGCUGUUUUUUAUUUCAAUCUUGCACAUCUGCGUGAAUCUUAAAAAAAACAAACAAACAAACUUUUUUUUCUUAAGAUAUGUACAAAACUGUUUACUAGAAAGGAACUCUAAUCCUUGGUAAUUAUUACCAAAUUUAAUAAUUAAUAUGUCCACUUGAACUAAUGAUAGGAUGAGGCUCAUAUAACUAGUGAAAGAAAGUGCAUAUGAAGUGAGAGUUGCAGAACAAAGGCUAUGCUUUCAGGCUAAGAGCAAAUUUGGAGAAAAACAUUUUAUUAGGUUAAAAUAAUUCCUUGCAUUUCCCAAUCCUAGUAUUACCAAAACUAAACAAAGUGGGAUUGCUCUUCUAACCUCAGACACUCCUACCUUUAUGAGUCUGUAUAUAUGCAGGAAGCAUACAUUACUUGCUAUAAUGUAUUGUUUGUAAAUUUCUCAUUGUCCUAUUGUUGUAAUAAAUGUCGUGAUGACUAUCUGUACUGCUCCCAGAGUGUUUAUCGUUUCCUCUAUUGCUAAUAGCUAAAGAUCAGCCAAGAAGAACUUCAGCUUUCCACUGCUAAGGAAUUGCAUGGAUUUCUCCUUUCAAUCUAAAGGAACGUCUUAAAUAGAAAGCCAAAUAACCCAAAACCUCUCCUGUUGCAGGAAACACUAAUGUAGCCUUAAAAGUCUUCAUUGGAAGCACUGUGGGAAAUAAUCCAGAAUGUCUUUCCUACUGAAGAGUGAAUUUGCAAAGUUGUCAGUUUAAAGGAGCAUUUUUAUUACAGAUGCCACAAAAGCGCAUUAUGGGAUAUACACACAGAAAAUGUUCAUUUUGAUGAUGGAUAAACAAGCAACUGCUAAAGUGUCUACCAUUUUAACCAUCGAUCCUGUUAAAGGACGUAUGAAGAAGAGGGAUAGAACAUUACAAGCUGCAAAAGUGAACACUUCUCUAGCAUCUAAAAUCAAAACUAAAUUAAUAAAUAACUCAUCUAUUUUUAAAGUGUCUUUAAAACAAAAUAAUAAAGCAUUAGCUCUGGCUUUGAGUGUAGAGAAAGAAAAUUCUCGGAAGCUAAAGAAUGAGAAGAUUUUUCUUCAGAAAGAAGUGGAAGAGCUGCAGUUUCAUAAUAUUUUGCUUCGUCAAAAACUAAACUGUUUGAAUAAAACUCUUAUAGAAAUAGAAGCUUUUUUGAGUAAUAACCUCUUAACGGCAAUAGAAAUAAGCAGUCUUUCUCAGAACCUUCAGAGUUCUCUUCCCCUGUCAGAUGGUCCAAGCAGCUGUAGUGACAACCAAUUCAGGAGUACAUAUCUAUCAGCUAGAUCUCUGGAACUGCCAGUGAAGCUUCCUUUAACUGCACCAUCUAAUGCAAAACAGCAGGAUAGCCCAUCUGUAUGUGAAGUACUAAAUUCUUGUAAAAGUACCACUAUUUUGUCAAAGGAAGUACACUCAGAUAAACUCAGGUUUGCAUUAUCAUUGCCUUCUGAUAAAAAUAAUCAAAAGUCAAAUGAAAUAGACCAGGUGGAAGCAACUGUUGACACAAAUACAUUUUUAAAAGAAAAUCAGUUACGUACAGAACUAAAGUGCAACAGUGUCUUCCUGACUCAUGUCAAUAAUGCACAAUAUCAGAGACAGUCCGAGGAGCUUACAAAACAGUAUACUGGUAGUUCAUUGCCAUUCUGUGGAAACGUAACUGAAAGAAAGAAACAUACAGCACAUGAUAAGUCAAAAACUCAACAUAAUAUAAAGGAUUUUGAUAAAAAAUGCAGCUCAAAUAGUCUGCUUCAUUGUGGUAUUAAUAGCAGCAGCAACACCAAUGACAUGAGCUGUCACGCAAGAUCCAGUGACUUGUCUCACAGUAUUCCUUCACCUCUUCAGCUUAGCAGUGAAUGUAACAUAGAUUUUAAGAUUUCUGUGGACAAGAUUAAACCUGAAGAAACUGUUUAUGAUGCCGAUAUGGAGUUGACUGCUAGUGAUGUAGGUGAACUACUCACAGUUACAUCAAAAGAUAAACUGCACCAAAAUAAAAAUAGUAAUGCCAAUUCUGGUGAAACAUCAGCAAAUUUCAGAAGAGUAAAAUAUUCUAAGGAGAAAACUAAAAGCAAGCCUAAAGUAAGUUCAGAUUUUUAUGCAGAAGAAACUUGCUCUAAGGCUAACAGUAGUACAGAUUCAAAAACUAACGACUUGGCAACUCAAAUGUUCCAAAACCAGACAGAACAGCUACCUACAGGGAAUUCUUUAGAGAAACAGAGUUUAAAGAAUACCAGCAAAUAUUAUCAAGCACAGGAUUGUCCAAGUAAAGCUAAAGAUACUAGGAGGACAUACCUGGUUAACCUAGUGAGUCCAAGGAAACAAGAACAGGAGACAAAUCAAGACACUUGUCCAGAAAGGUCUGAAGAUAUGGAAAACAAAAUACAAGAAGCAGACUCUAACUCACCUAAUAAUAAGAUCCCACCUGAAAUUUAUUGUGCUGAAAGUUUUCCAUUCAAGGAUAACACCUCUAAUGCAUUGUCUUUACAGCAGGACUUUCUACAUACAAAUGAGAAACAUAUCAACCCAGAAAUGAACAGGAAAGCCUUUCAGAACCCUUCUAAAAAGAAGGCAACAAAACAUUUUAGAGAGGAAAAUGGACAGUAUAGAGAAUAUGGUUCAAAAAAGUCUCAAACAGAGAUAAGCCAACAUGAGUGGAAGAGAAAAGAGCAGAAGAAUAUUAUAAAGAAUAAAUACAACCGAAAAAGUAGUCACAGACAAAGUGGAGAAACUGAAAGUGACAGUGUUCAUAAAAUUAUUCAGAAAAUAGACCGAAGGAGUAAUAAAGUUUCACCAGGCAGAUUAAAACGUACAUUGGCAAAAGCUAGCCGGAAAGCGUGUAUAAUACCAACAGAAAACCUUAGGCAAUUCACACUGCUUAGAAAUGAAGGGUUAAAAAAUAAAAAUGUAUUGCACACAGAUGUUAUCCAUGGAAAUAAAAUAGCUAAAAUGCAGCAAAUACAAGGAGCUUUAGAUUUUCAGAAUGGUGAAGCUAUGAAUGCACUGCAAGCUAGUUCCUCCACAAAGCAAGUGGUUGAUAACAAUACUGACACGUUAAAGAAAGAGGUAGAUUCCUCAUCAGGGGCACAUAGAAAGCCUAACCUUAUUAAUUCUCCUGAUGAUCAGGUAAAGAAUAAAGGGAGCUUUAUUUCUGAUUUUACUGAGAUCAGACCAGAAAAAAAGGUUUUCGGGCAUAUUGACCAGGGGAAGCAGAAUAUUUUGGACAACCAGAAAGUCCCGCCUGAGACAGGUUCCUUUAAGAGCAAGUUAAAGCCUACAGUUCAAAAAUCAGAAUUUUUGAAAUUCUUACCUGUAAACUGUUCUGAGAAUAUGCCAUUAAGUUCAGGUAGAUUUUUCCAGGAAGGUCUUCCCCAUGUGGAGCUCCCAGUUGUUGAUUACCUUAACGUUUCAGUUAACGUCUCUAGCCUGAAAAACUCUGAAUUCUGUGGAAAAAAUGAUCAUGCUAAAACACUGGAUGCUGAAAUAGCAGAGCAAAAACUGGAUCAUACUUACAAAGAAACUUAUAAACAGUCUCUGACACCUUGUCAUGGGAGAAAGGCUUUGCAGGAUCUGACAAAUACCACCAUACGUUCUCACGCUUCCUUACCUAAAUCUCCCAAAACUUUAGAAGAAAAUUUAGCAGCACGAGCUAGACGAAGAAGAACCAGUAUUUGCUACAAAGAACCCAAUCUAAACAGCAAGUUAAGGCGUGGAGAUCAGUUUACAGAUACAGAUUUUCUGGAUUCUCCGGUCUAUAAAGUAAAAAAUAAAAGAAGUUUUAAGAGUAAAUCAAAAUUUAUUUGAAGAA